UGCUUGUAUCCGAUUGACCGAAGUGUCUUGCUGCUGCAAGGAUGCGGUUCCUGCGCCCGUUCUUGUUAGGCCUUACUGUAUUGUCCUCGCACGCGUUUGCGCAGGAGUUACCUGCAGAUGUGCCUCAGGAAAAGCACCUCUAUGAGAGCGAUGUCGCUCGCCUGCGCAAGAUCGUCAUCAACAGUCUUUACUCCCAUCGAGAUGUGUUCCUCCGUGAACUAAUCUCCAACGCCAACGAUGCUCUGGAGAAGCUUCGUCUGACGUCGUUAACCAACAAGGAGGUUUGGGAUGGCACCAGUCCUCUCAACAUCACCAUCAAAGUGGUGAAAGAUGAAGAAGGCUCUGGUGGAAGGCUAAUUAUCUCUGACACCGGCAUUGGAAUGACUCCCGAGGAGCUGACGAAGAACCUCGGAACCUUGGCAAAGUCAGGUACAUCUGAGUUUUUGGCAAGGGCAGAGGAUGGCCAGGACACUACAGGCGGCGGCAACCUCAUCGGAGCUUUCGGUGUCGGCUUCUACAGCAGUUUCUUGGUAGCGGACAAGGUCUAUGUCGCGUCCGUCGCGCCAAAGUCAGAGAACAACCCAGAGCCGGCUCAAUACGUCUUCGCAUCGUCAUCCGAUGACAGCGACUUCACAGUAUAUCCUGAUCCCCGUGGGAAGACGAUGGAUCGCGGAACGGAGAUCACGCUUGUCUUGAAACCGGAUGCGCUCGAAUAUCUUGAGAACAGGAAUAUCAUCACCCUAGUGCACAAGCACUCGUCUUUUUCCACGACGUUCCCGAUCUACAUCUACAGCCAGGAAGAGAAGCAGGUCCCAGUUGAAGAGACAGAGCCAGAGGCUCCUACGCCCUCGCCUGAGACUGAUAGCGACGAUGAGGAUGAGGCGGUGAUUGAAGAAGUCGUUGAGGAGAAAGAAAAGGAGCCUAAAACGAAGACGGUACUGGUGGACGAAUGGACCCAUUUGAAUGCGCAACCCCCUCUUUGGGUUAGGGAUCCCAAAGAGAUUGAGGAUAUCGAGUAUGAGCUCUUCUAUCAAGCGACUUUCAAAGACUUCAAUAAGCCUCUUGCCUGGCAUCACUUCUCGGGCGACUCAGGAUCGGGUGUCUCAUUCCGCGCUAUCGUCUACCUUCCUAGCAAGCUGGACGACUCAUACUGGCAACAGCCUCUCUUGAGCUCUAGCAAGGAUAUCCGCUUGAUGGUCAAGCGCGUAUUCAUUACAUCUGAUCUCGGAGAGGAUGGACUGCCUAAAUGGGCUAGCUGGGUGAAGGUGGUAGUUGAUGCCGAGGACCUCCCUUUGAACGUAUCCCGGGAAACUCUUCAAAACACUGCUUUCCUGAGGCAGAUCAAGCAAAUCAUUGUUAGACGCCUGCUGCAAAUCUUCACGCGCAUCGCCGACGAGGAUCCUGAGAAGUUCGCAGAGGUUCAAAAGGUCUACGGCAACGUCCUUAAGCUGGGCUCCGUUGAGGAUCUCAAGAAUCGCGACAAGUUGAUUCCUUUGACUCGGUUCGCGACCAACCAGCGUAACAGCACGUCUUUAGACGAAUAUCUGGAGAACAAGAAGGAAGGACAGAAACAGAUUUUCUAUGUCUCUGACAUGGGCAAGUCUGUCUCGUCCCUUAUGAAGAGCGUGUUUGUCGAGAAACUGCACGCUCGUGGGUACGAGGUCUUAUUGUUGACGGACCCCCUUGAUGAGGUCCUCUUCCAAAAUGUCCGGAAGUGGAAGGGAGUUCCGUUCCAAGACGUCGCAAAGUCGGGGUUGAAAUUCGGCGAUGAAGACCUUGACCCUGAAGAAGAAAAGGCCAACCAAUUGGCAUUGAAGGAAAAAUUCAAGCCUUUGUUGAAGUGGUUGAAGGACCAAGCAGGAGACAUUGUCCGUGACGUCGUUGUUUCCAACAGACUGGUCUCGAGUCCCUGUGCCAUCGUUGCGGACGUUGGCGGUUAUACCGCUAACGUUCAGAGGAUGAUGAGUGCAUCUAACAACCGGCAGAGCCAGUCCCCUUUGCAUGACUUUGCAAAGCGUCAAAAGGUCCUUGAGAUCAACCCACGCUCUCCCCUGAUCGAGGGUCUCCUGCGCCGUGUGGAGCGACUUCCUUCCGAUGAGGAAGAACGAGAUAUUGAAUCAGAGGACGAGCUGAGGGAGGUGUCCGCCAUUCUUAUUGAUGGCGCCCUUGUCCGAUCCGGGUUUGAGGUCGCGGAUUCUGAUGACUUCCUUGUGCGCGUCGAUCGCGUUUUACGUCGCUCCUUGGGUGUUUCUGAGACUGCACCUACGGACACGAACGUCAAGCCCGCACCACCCGUCGACCCGGUAUUGCUGGAUGAGAGCGAGUACGAGCCGAAGCCAGAGAUCCCAGAGAUGCCCGAUCUGCCGGAGGACGACGGCCCGGCGCGCGUGAUCGUUCCAGACCGCCUGAAGGACCAGAUUCAGAUCGAGAUGGAGGAGAUCGACGAGUUAGGAAAUGUCGUGGUGCAUGACGAGUUGUAGCGGGGAGCAGUAGUGGAGCAGUGAUGAGUGCUUGCGUGUAGAGUGGACGCGAGGGGGGGCGGAUGUAAGGUAUAAUUAUUUCAUGGGUAUUUCAACGCAAUGGAUCGGAUCUUCUUGGACAACAG